AUGCCAUCCAGGCCUGCUCCAGUAAUCCCUCCACCACUACCUCCUUCCCCAGUGUCUGUAGAGUAUUACUACUACAACAGACCCAAUAUGCCGACCCUCUUAGAGCUUGUCAAGACUGCAAGAGCUCGGUUGCUACUUCACAUGCAGGAGGUGAAGUCGAGACAGGAAGCGAAGUCAAGACGGGAGGCUAUUGUUGCAGAGGCCGCUGCUUAG